AAGUUUUAUAUAGACGUUAAAGAUGGAGGAACCAGCACAGCUUGUCCAGUUUUUAUUGUGUUUAUUUCUUUUUAAUUGGAGUUCUUUUUCAUCUGCUAAUGAAAUUGAUGACUAUAACGAUAAACCGGAGUUUAAAAUAGAAGGCAAGGUUUAUAUUUCAUCUAAAGAUAAAGAGUGGACUUUGAAUUCUAGAGUUCUGGUAGACGGUGGCGAGUAUCUUGGAUUUGUAAGGUAGGUCCAGUAACAACUUGACUUAACUCAAGUACGGUGACAACUUUACGCUAACACUUCACACUACACGACCAUAAAGCCAUAAAUGGUAAUCCCUUAUUUUAUCGCGUUUUAUUAUUUCUAGAGAAAAUAUAAAAAUUCAUUUUUACCUCAUGGAACUUCAUUAAAAGUAUUUUAAAAGUAAAAUUCCAUCUUUGGCAAAAACUAAUAAAGUAAUAAAGUAAAGCAGUAGCAGAGAAUUGGCAUUGGACUUGGUCUUUGGUGCCAUUGAUUAUUGAUUAGCCUAUCAUUAGGCAUUAGGGAAACAUUUAGGGUUCAGGUUAUGUUUAGGAAGGGGGGCCUCCAUUAAUUACGUCAACAAAAUAGGGGGAGGAGGGGGUUUGGAAAUGUUUGACAGUUUUUGACAAGGGGGAGGGAAGGGGGUUUAGAUUAGUUGACCUCAACAAUCAUGUUUCUAUGUUGUGAAUUUUAUGGAGUUAUGCCCCUUUUCUCUAGGAAAGACUUUUGUGUUUUUGCCUAAGGGUUGACUGUGUAGUCUCAGUGUUAUGAACAUAGGUGAAGGUGACACUGAGACCAUUGCCAUUAGGCCUACUAUAUUAAUUACUAAUUAGUGUUAGUCUACUGUUAUGUCUUCGAUUAGUAUUAGUUAGUCUAGUGGUAUUAGUUGUGUUAACCCCUUAAAUACAUAAGUGUCAUAAGCUGGUGUAGGCCUUCUUUAUUCACCUACUUGACUAAACUAUGUCUUUAAUUUUUCUAGCGCUUUUUUUUUACCACACAUGAGCCUAUCAGUGGCAUCAAUCACCUAUCCUUUGUUUGAUGCAAGGAUACUAUAGAAUUGCAAUGAUUUGGUUAUUCCAAGUAUUCAUGAGUAUGAGUGUGGCUUUAAACUAGUAUUAUAAGUUAGUUCACACACACAGUAUACGUACGGCACCAAUGAUUGAUAUUUGCACUUUGUAGUGCCAAACAAUUCAAAUAGCAUAACAUUUCUCCAAUGGUAAUUUAGUUGUAAGACUAAUUGCCCAUUUGAAAUUAAGACACAUGUCAUAAUCUAAGACUAACGCAUCCACUGGUCAUCCACUUGCAUUGUCAUUUUGAAAAAAAAAAAAAAAUUUUUUUUAACUAUUAGAGAAAAACUAGAGAGAAAUUCCACCUAAAUCAAACAGAAAGAAUAAAAAAAUUAGUCAUGUUUGGUCCAUGUCACACCUAAAGAAAACAAGGCAAUGAUCCAAGCCAUUUUAAAUUACAUGACUAUAUACAUUUUUGAGAUUUUAGAACACAUAAGUUUUAAUUUAUAAUUAUCUGUUGUUUCUUGUUUUGUAUUGUCUGCCAAAGAAGGCAUCUUGACAAAAUAUUUGUUCAGUUGUCCUGUCUUUUCUUUUCAAGUCUGAGCAUAUCUUAUUCCACUAUUUAUUUACAUAGUAUGAAUAGUUUAGGUUUGAGGUUAUAAUUUAGAACUCACACCCAGGAUUUAUGUGGAUACCGGUAUCAAUUGGGGUCUAAUUUCAAAUUAUUUAAUAAUUUGGCACAGGCAUUCAAUCAGGCAGAUGCAGCUGAAUGCCUUUAAAAGAGCCCUAUGUCUAUUACUACUAUUAGUAUUGACUAUUCUAAACAAAAACAUGAUUUAAUGAUUAAGUUGGUUGGGUUAACUCUUGCACUUCUUAACUUCCUGGUCCAAGUCUAACCUUUUUAAUUUAUUAGUCUAUGUAACUCAUUUAUUUCUCAACCACUAAGCUAAUAGUUCUGUACAACUCUGGCUGUUUUGGUACUUUAUUCAAAAAUCGUUCAGUACCAGGGUAGACAAAAUUAAAAUAAUGCAGCUGCUGUUUUUGUCAAAAGGCAGCAUUUUGUUUUUCAAAUAUGUGGUAAUGGACAAAGAAAUCAUGGAUCAAACUAAAGUUAUGAAUUUGAACAUUCAAAAAUGGAACAUUUGUUUGGGCACUCUGUUUUUAUCAGGUACACUAUUUGUAACAAGUGUGAAUAGUAGGCAUGAAUUUCAGAAAAAAGAAAAAUGGAAGCAUAACCUGAUUUUUUUUCCCAUCCUUAAUAUGGCAUAAGGUAUCUAAUAAAAUUAAAGUUUUGCAGCUAUCCGGGCAUGCCAUUUUCUAAUUUUAUGGUUAUGUCCUUUUGAUACAGAUGGACAAACCUUACUUAGCGCCCCUUACAAAAAUGAUAACUUAAAGAUCUGAUCAUAAUAAUUAUUCUAAAUGUUUUCAUUGAACUCUAUUUUAGAACUGACGGGUCUUUUGUUGUUCACGGUGUUCCAUCUGGUUCAUACAUUGUGGAAAUAGCCAAUCCCAAUGCCUUGUUUGAGCCACUCAGAGUCGAUAUCACUUCUAAAGGCAAAAUCAGGGCUCGCCGUGUGAAUUUCUUACAGCCCACACUUGUGAAGACUGUCAAUUACCCUUUGGAGUUUAGAGAGCGUGGUCAACCAAACUAUUUUCAGAAAAGGGAACAGUUAAGACUAACUGAUUUCUUAUUUAAUCCAAUGGUAAGGCCAAAUUAAAAUCCAGUCCUGAUCUGUUAGUUUAAGUUGGGUAUUUGCAGUCUAUAAACAUUAAAUGAUGCUCAAGCAGGAUUCAUUAGGGUUUGAUAUUAUUAUUAUCAAUUGAAAUGAUUUGAAUUUUAAUAACCUACAAUCUUGUACACAAAACAGUACAGGGUAUUUGACUUUUUUUUUAAAAAGAAAGUUUAUUACUGCUCAAGUUCAAAGUGUCUGAAAUCGUUUCUUGUGGGGUCAUACGUAAAUUAUAAGUGAAAUUAAACAUCUCAGUUUGAUAGCUGAAGAAUAAAGUAAUGCUUUUCUUUUUAAUCGUAUACAAAAGUUUUUAAGAUUUAAAUUAAGAGGCAAUUCAGUACCAUCAAGCUUUAAUAGAAAAUAUUUACCGUAUUGAAAAUAAUUUUCUGCAAUAUUUUAUACAAUUUUUGUGUAACAUUAAUUGAUAAAAUAAUUUUUUUUAAAUUUAUAUCUUUCCCAGGUAUUAACCAUGAUUGUGCCUCUACUAUUAAUAAUGGUUUUACCCAAGUUAAUGAAUGCAGCAGAUGCAGACACUCAAAAGGUAAGUGCAAUGUAACAUCAUUGCUGUGACCAUUUUUUCAUGCUUAUGCUUUAAAUAUGGCUGCACUGCUUUGUUAUUGAAAAUUUAUUUCUCUAUUCUUCAAAAAAUGCAAUAACUUUAUAAAGUUGUUUUUUUUUAAAUAUUUCCACAAAUAGAUGAAUGUGAAUGUAUUUCUAACAGGAAGCUUUGAUGGGAAAAUAUUGUUAUCCUAAAGAAAAUGCUUUUACUAUUAAGAACCCUUGCAAUGAAGAGAAAUUGGACUGUGUGGUACCACUUCAAAACUCUUCUACCCUUUUACUGACGGAUUCCAGGAAAGUUUCAAAUCUGUCUAAGGUGGACCAAUCACAAAAGAGACCUUGCCCGUCUAAAAAAAUGUUGUCAAUCCAAGAUUUUGGAUGGAAAUCCUUCAAAUCGAUUGAAACUAUCAAACAGAAUGGCAACAUUGAUUCAUUUCUUUUUCCUACCAAAAGCUCAAAACCAGUCCCUGAAAGACUCUCGGUGAAAUCUUCGCCCAAGUAUAUGAAUGUCAUCAGUGCUGGCACUCAGUUUGAGUGCGUCAACUCCCAACAUUUAAGCUUGCCUGUCAGUUCAAGUAGGGCAUAUUUUGACAUCAGUGAGGACUGUACAGCCGCAUCCUCACAUCUGGAAAAAUUAAAUUCUGCUGGUGAAAGUGAAAGUUUCUUGGAAGAUGAAGCUUCAAAAGACUUGAAACUCACUUUACCCAACACUAGUGAAGUUUUGCCAGGCCCCAGUCUAGGGCAGCAUUCAACUUGUUCAAACACAGUUAGAAAUAAAACAGUUGCCACAAAGUACAAGGGGGGCACUCAGUGCUCUGAAAGUCAACUCAGCCCUGAGAAGCACAUUCCCUUCUUUGAUAUUCAGCAUGUAAAAUUAAUAGCCGCUAACUUGUCUCCACAUUUAGAAUCAAGGGCACAAUGUAAGUUUGCAAUAAAUAGUUACCAAAGGCAUUUACCAUCACCCAAACUGAAAAAUGCAUACGCACUCAUUCUAAGGGGAUUAGUCCAUUAGUCUUUUAUGAUAUAUGAAAUUACUUAGUCCAACACUUGAUCUAAAUUAAAAUAUUUAAUCUCCUCCAUCACUUUUAAUUUCUUCUGACUAUCAAUCUGAAAUGAAAUAUCCACUUGCAAAUUUAAAUAAAUAAUUUAAUAAAACAAAUGUAAUAAAAUACAUGUUGAACAGAUUUUGGGGUCUAAAAUUAUUUAGUGUAUUAACAAGAGCAAGUAUAUAAUAUUCCCACUGAAUGCUUCCUAUGAAAAACAGCUAAUAAUACUAUUGCCGACAAGUCACCAACAAAUGAAGACCUCACUGAAAGUAAAGUAUUGGAUGAUACAAGCUGGGCGGUAUCAACUGAGCAAACUUUUUUAACGAUAAAUGCAGUUGAAAUGCAAGGAAGUACCGGGGAUACAACAAAUAUCGAAAACAGUGAUCUGAACUCUGCUCUCUAAAAAACAAUAAAUUCUCUUCAAUAUGUAUACUGUUUAAGGUAAAAUUCAGUGCUAUCUCUGACCUAAAGUUAAAACGUUAAAAAAAUUGGUAGAAUUCAGUGUUUUCCUAAGAAAAAUGUUGGUUCUUUUGAGAAAUUUUCUCUCAGCAUAUAACAGGAAUGCGAAGAAUUUAGGGUAUAAGUUUACGGAAAUAAAUUUUGGGGGAAAGUACUGAAUUUUAUCUGCAUCAUGCUUGUUAUUUUUCUGGUGUUUUCAUUUCCAAACAAUUGUUCUGCAUUUGAUUUUUCCAUCAAUUUGUGUCAGAGAAAGUACUGCAAGCUUUUCUUGUGUUGAAUGAUUUCAUUGUACCAGUUUUAAUGGUUUGUUUCAGUUCUGCUACACAGGUUCUAAUUAAGUUCUUAAAUGUGCCACUUGCCAGGAAAAUGUCAUGAUAAAUCAUAAAUUCUCAAGCAUUGUGACAGGAUGUUCUCAAUAAUUUAUAAUAAAACAGUUCAUUGAUAACAUUUUAUACUGUAGAGAAAUACAUUGUGUGGGUAGAAGUAGGUUUAACUGAAAUUAAACACAUCAAGAUAUACUGGUAACCUUUUGUUGGAAUGAAUAUUUGUUUGUUGUUUUUAAAAUGUAAAUGAAAAUUUAAAAUGCAGAAAAUGUAAAUAUGAAUCGUACUGUACUACUUAUCCACAGGAAAUGCAAAACCAGAUGAAUGCCCUCAACAACCGGCCUAACAUGCCAGACCCUGCAGAAUUGUUGUCCAAUUUCUUCUCUGGUGGCUCCUCUGCCAAGAAGGCUGUGAAGGCUAAACCAACUACAACAAGCAAACGCAAAUGAAGAGCCCUGAAUUGUGUCAAUUAUGAGUGUUUGGUGUAUAAAGAAAUUCUUUGUUGUUUCAGAAAGAGUGGCUUGUGUUGUACGUCCUUGUAUGUGUGAGAAUAUGCAAGGCACGUGUAGAUUUAAAAAUGGACUGAGGCAUAGUAUGAUUUUAAAAGAAAAGUAUGUGGAAGUAUAGAUUUAAAAUGUGAAGUUGCUUUUUUAAAAUAUAAUUUAUCUCAGCAAUUGAAUAAUAUCCAGAACACAAACUUUUUAUUUCAAAAUUAUUGCUUUUGAAUACAAUUUUUUUAAAAAUAAUUUACACAUCUGCCACUGAUAAUUUGUUGUUUUCCUUUUUAAAUCAGUGAGAAGAUUCUGUAUCAGCUUAUUGGAGAUUUUCAAAAAGUUCACAGAGACUAAAUUUUUUUCAAAAGCAGUGGUGGGCAAACUUUUUGUGCGGAGGGCCACAUUGACAGAGUAAAGCUAUUGGGGGGCCGCAUGUACAUUAUGUCCAAUUUUUACAUGUCGAUAAACAUUUCUCUAUAUUAAAAUCUGUAAAUUUUAAUUUUAGCAUUACAUGACUAAAGUCAAGGACUGUUUAAAAAAAUAGAGAAUUAGAAUGAAAUUUGAUCAAAAGUUGCAGCCCGUGGGAUGUAGUUUGCCCACCUUUGUUCUAUAGUAUGUUUACUUUUAAUGUACCCGGUAGUUAGUUUAAUAUCUUAUCAAGGUUAAUACUUUCUUGAGCACUUCUUCCCAUUGUCACCCAUCUUUUUUCUUUUUCCGACACAUUAUAUUUCCUAAAUACUCCACAUACUUUCUUAAAACAAAACUGUCAUUAAUAAUAGGAAAUAUGAUGGAAUAAAUGUAUUGUCCCGCCCCCCCCCCCCCCCCUUUCUCAGCGAGCAUGUCAUCCAUGUGUGUGUGUGUGAAUCAUUGUCAGCUCACUACAGUGUGAUACUAAUAAAAUAUACACUUUAAUUGCAGGUAUAUGCACUAUGUUGUAAAACAUUGAUGUGGUCCGAUGUUCUAUUUUUUUAUUCAAGAAAACCAUGGUUGAGGACCACUGGGGACUAGCAUAUAGAUGCAACAGGGACAGAGAUUUAUUUCAUUCAAGCCAGCAAACGCUUUUUUAAAAACUUUUUAUUUUAAAAUUUUCAGAAUACAUUAGUUCAGUGGUUCUCAACCUUUCUAGUGCCGCGACCCUUUAAUACAGUUUCUCGUGUCGUGGCGACCCCCAGCCAGACAAUUAUUUUCGUUGCUACUUCAUCGCUGUAAGGAUAUGUAUUUUCAGAUGGUCUUAGGCGACCCCUGGAAAAGGGUCCCGCAACCCACAGGUUGAGAACCGCUGCAUUCGUUAGUUGGAGUUAAGAUCUUAAUCCAGCAUUGAUCAUGGGAAAAAAUAAUUAUAGGGGUCAGACAUUUAAAAUGUUAUGAGUUAUCAGAGUUAUCAAAGUUGCAUGAGAAGGGUUCUAAUUUUAAUUGUUUAUCCAUUGCAAUUCUUGUAUGGAAUAGGACUUUGGGGAGGAGGGUGCCAAAAGUUUUUGUGGCUGUUUUCUAACUUAUGUCGGAGUUUAGUCAGGAAUUUGUGUAUCUUUUUAAAAAAAAAAAAAUUACUUGUCCUGUGAUGCAGUCAGAAAUACACUGUAUUUAUUUACAUUUUAUAUUGACAGGUAGUCCUCUUUUUAUGUAUGAAUUAGUUCAAAUGUACCUUUGACCUUGACAUUAAAUUACAAAUGAGAGCUCAUUGUUAAAGACAAGAAGAAACCAUUACUGUGUGGUCAGUGAAGAGAGAUAAAUUGUGCACUCUCUUUUUAGUUGCACUUUCAUUACCAUAGUACUAGGACCCGGUACAUCAUAUUUGCUUUUAGGGUAUCUUUAGAAUAAUUUCCUGAACAGGAUUGGUUGCUUAAAUUAUGAAAAUAAAUUUAACUUGUGAAGUACCGGUAAGGAACUUAUGCAUUACAGAACCCCAAGGCUACCUGCACAGUACUUUUCUUUUAAAAAGAACCAGAUCAAUGUUUAUUUAUUAAAGUCAAAGACACAUUGCCAGGUGCUAUUGUAUUGUAAUAUGUGUUAAAAUAUCAUGAUUUCAGAAUGCUGGCCUAUCCAGAAAUACAAUCCCUAUCUAAAUUUUUGGUGAGUAAUUUGUUCAUGGACUGCUUUAAAAAACAAUUAAAUUAACAAGGAAGGGAUUUUUUUAAACUGUCAAGAACAGCUAAUUGUUGAAAUGUGAGACUAGAAAAAUUACUUUUACAAGAAUAAACACAUUUAUUUUGCUUUGAAAACUGGUAUGGAUUAUAUAAGUACUGCAUAAAGACAAGCACCAAUAAUCAAAAUGUCAUAGAUAAUAAAUACAGAAGUUAUAAUCAUUGAUUUACAUGGCAUCCCGGCAAUAACAUUUUUUGGGUUAUAAUAUCUUAUUGCUUGAUUUCUAUGUGUUGUAAGUUUCUUCGAUACUGAUAUUGUUCUCUAUUAUUUGCAGAAGGUAAUUUUAAAUAACUUUAAUUUCUUUAGUGGUGGAGUUUGGUUUCAUCAGACGGCAUUUAUAGAGCAAAUACUUGUCAUUAUUAUUUAUUUUCAAGCCCUUGUAUUUGUAGGAAAAGUUAACUUCAUACAGUUUAAGCGCCAUUGAAAUAGUUAACUUUGGCGAUAAACUUUAGCCGGCUCCAGAAUUUAGGUUUAAAAUAUGGUGUUUGGAAGUCUUAGUGGAACUCAAUUUCUGUCCAAUGGCCAAAAAUAAAUCCCCAAAAAAUGUGAACAUAAGUUUAUCCAGAAUCCCCAGAUUCAGAUAGAGUAUGAUAUACUUGAAUUUCCCUGGAAUUAAACAAUAGCUUAGUAACAGAAUCUGAUGUUCUUUCUCUAACACUAUAACUUGAUGUUUCCUUUCUAUUUCUUGGGUGUAUUUCUAUUAUAUUAUUGUUGGAAAUUAUUUUAUUGAAACUAAGAAACAUAAAUAUUUGAUCACAUUUAUUAUUUUUGUCUCUAUGAUUUAAAAUAAAACAGGCCCAAUGAACACACUGGACUCCACACAAGAAGAAAUGUUUCUCUUUAGUUAAACUGUAAUUCUUUCCAUGGAGGAAUAAACACGGGUACCGGUAUUUAAAAAAAAAAAUUUUUGUACCCCUUAGUUCUGGAGUAGAUUAUUCAAACUUUUUUGUGUUUAAAACCUCUCAUAUUUAAAGAGACCUGUUUUUUUUUUAAAAAUCAUAUAGGUUUGGAUAUUUUAAUUCUUCAUGCCGGUAGUAAAUUUUAUAAAAAUUGUGUUACCGGUAAUUUUUUCAUACUGUGCACAUUGUUUUUUAUUUUGAAAAAGAGAUGGGGAAACAAAUUCACCAGUUUUGUUGUCUUUAUUCAGGUAAUAAAAAAUACUUUUAAAAAAUGUAAAAUGUUGUGUUUGUUUCAUCCUUUCAUCAACAAUUAGAUAAAUCUUUUAAUAAGUUGUAAUGUAAUGUGUGUG